AGGAAAGGAAAAGAAAGGCGCUGUUUCCGCCACGGCGGGGCGGGUCUGGGCGGAGAGCGGCGGCGCGGCGGGGCCGGCAAGGUUCUUUUUCGGAAGCGAUGGAGGCGAGUCCCAUCGUGACGUCCAAGCAGCGGGAGGAGGUGGUGCACGGGGUCCCGACGGAGGUGGUGUGCACGGCAUUCUCCAACUCGGUGCUGGUGGUGGUCACACAGUACGGAAAGAUGGGCACCAUCGUCUACCUGGACCCCAACACCGUCGGCGACAACGUGGGCAGGCCCUCGCUCACCACCAAGGUGCUGCUGGGCAAGGAUGAGCCCCUCGUCCAUGUUUGUGCMAAAAACUUGGUGGCAUUUGUGUCGCAGGAAGCUGGGAACAAACCUGUUCUCCUCGCCAUGGCUUUGAAGGACAAGACAGUGGAAGGAAUACAGGCUCUACGAGAAGUGAUCCGAAGUUGCCAAGUAUGGUGAAGUUGUGCCAUCUGGAUUCAAGGAAAUGAUCUUGAGUCCAUGACUCAUCACCACCUAUUUAAAAGGACUAGAAAUGAAAACUGUGGAAUGUCUUUGUGGUGGUUUUGGACGUACUGAGGAAUUKAAUGAAUUUUUCUCUACUGUGUAGAACAUGUGUGGGUUUUGUUACUGGGACAGGUUUGCAAGUCCAUAUAGACMGUGGUGAGACGAGAGCAAUUGUCUCAACAUAAAAGAGAAGUGUUACUUUUAUCACAUUGGGUGGGUCAUUUAUUUGGUAAAGGGCUCAGCUCUGCACGUGUGUCCUGARGAGCAGUGGAUGCCAAGCUCUGUAGCUGUGCUGUACCACACAGGAGGAACACCCAGUGCAGAGGGAAUAAAAGAAACAUUGUCAAAUCUAA